AUGGGCGGCGAAGGCGAUGGGCGGCGGCGCGACGGCCGCCCUAGGCGCGCCCGCUACCAGGAGCCCAUAUUCCGCGAGGAGUGCAGCGAGCACGUGCGUCGGGACGCACCGCGCAUGCCCCACCAAGGAAAGCUAGGGGAAAUCGGCGCGUGCGAGAGGGACGGACGUACGCUAAAAAUAGGGGUGCGAUCGCAACGGCCGCGACGC